AUGCCGGAAUGGAUUUUUCUGUUGUGUAGUAGUCAUAUUUUCUUUCUUUCUUUCUCAAAUUUCUUUUUCUUUCUUUCUUUUCACUUCUUGUUCUUAUUUCUUUCGCUCGAAUCUUUCUUUUCCUUGUCAAUUUCUUUCUUUCUUCCUUUUCCUCUCUUUUUCUUUAAUCCUUUUCCUUGUGAAUUUUUCUUUCUUUCUUUCUUUUUUCUUUCCUUCUUUCUCUUUAAGUCUUUUUCUUGUCAAUUUCUUUCUUUCUUUCUUUUCCCCUCUUUUUCUUUAAUUCUUUUCCUUGUCAAUUUUUCUUUCUUUCUUUCUUUCUUUUUUCUUUCCUUCUUUCUCUUUAAUCCUUUUCCUUGUCAAUUUCUUUCUUUCUUUCUUUUCCUCUCUUUUUCUUUAAUUCUUUUCUUUGUCAAUUUUUCUUUCUUUCUUUCUUUCUUUCUUUCUUUCUUUCUUUCACAUUUUGCUAUUCUUUUUUCUUUAUUUCUUUCACUUUUUCUGUUUCCUUCUUUCCUGACAUUUAGUUCUUUUUCUAGAUGUUCAUUCUUUCUCUUUUUCCUUUCUCUCUUUUCUAAUACUUUUCUUUCUUUCAUUCUUUCUUUCUUUCUUUCUUUCUUCCUUCCUUCCUUCCUUUUUCUCUUCUUUUCUCUUUUGUGUGACAUGGCUCGUCAAGACGUUGACGACCAUAGGCCUCCACAAAAUGCUAUCCUCCGUUAA